GAUGAGCAAUCUAUCAUUAUAAACGCUUGGGAACAUGCAAUUCUUAAUGAAAAGGUCAAAACAUCCCCAUUGAGAGAAUUCAAAGCCAUAUUCAGAUCUUCUUCACCUCUAAUGAUAACUUUCCUCCUUCAAUACUCAUAUUCUGCUGCUUCUAUUUUUUCAGUUGGUCAUAUUGGUAAAAUUGAACUAGGUGCCGUCACCUUAGGCUCUAUGACUGCCAAUAUCACUGCCAUCUCAAUCAUACAUGGCCUAGCAACUUGCUUAGAUACCUUAUGUUCUCAAGCGUAUGGUGCGAACAGAUACCAUUUGGUAGGGGCUUAUUGUCAAAGAUGUGUUGCUCUAUUAUUCACCAUAAUAGCUCCAAUAAUUCUAUUCUGGUUCAUUGGCGCCGAAUAUAUUUUAAAUCUUUUAAUCAACGAUUCCCAAUUGUCAAAAUUGGCUGCUGCUUAUUUAAAAGUAAUCUCCAUAGGUAUCCCUGGCUAUGUCUUGUUUGAAGCUGGUAAAAGAUUCCUACAAUCCCAGGGAAUAUUCCAUGCCUCAACUUAUAUUCUAAUAGUUUGUGCUCCCUUAAAUGCUAUAAUGAACUACUUAUUUGUUUGGAACUCACACAUCGGCAUUGGCUACCUUGGUGCUCCAUUGGCUGUUGCUAUAAACUACUGGCUAAUGCCGAUUGGUCUUUUGAUUUAUACCCUAACAAACAAAAAUUUAAUCAAUCCUCUUAAAUGCUGGAAUGGUUUGCACAUCAAACAAUCCUUCAAAGGCUGGAAUCGAAUGUUCAAAUUAGCGCUCAGUGGUUUAAUAAUGGUAUUUGCCGAGUUUUUCGCAUUCGAAGUCCUAACAUUGGGCUCAUCUCAUUUAGGUAUCACUGCUUUGGCCACCAACUCAGUCAUAGCAUCUGUUGCUUCGCUAUCCUAUCAAAUCCCAUUUGCUGUUUCAAUAGCAUUAUCAACUAGAUUGGCCAACUUUAUUGGCGCAUCUCUACCUUACUCAUCCCAAAUUUGCGCAAAGGUUGGUGUUGUUUUUGGUACUUCAAUGGGAAUAACUAACGGUUUGGUUAUUUAUUGUUUCAGACACAAAAUUGCUCGAGCUUUCACAUCAGACGAGGAUGUCAUCAGUGAGUUGAUUCGUGUUUUCCCUAUAGUCUCUUCAAUUCAAAUUUUCGAUGCACUAAAUGCUGUCUCUGCAGGUGUGUUAAGAGGUGAGGGCUUGCAACAUAUCGGCAGCAUUGUCAACUUAGCUGCAUACUAUAUCAUCGGGUUGCCAUUAGCAUUUGUGCUAGCGUUCAAAUUCAAUUUCCAAUUAGAAGGACUAUGGAUGGGUAUUGGUAUCGCUUUAUUGCUAAUCGGUGUUGUUCAGUGCUACUAUGGAAUUGUCGUUCCUGACUGGAAUAACCUAAUCAAAACAGCCAGCGAUAGAACCGAAGCGGAAAGAUCU